GGAGGUUUGCUCUCUCUCUCUCUCUCUCUGCUCUCUCUCGCUGUGUGCAAAUUCAUCAGUGUGGUGUGGCAGCAGAACCAGAAGAGAAUCCCAAUGUCCACAAAGUCAACCAUUAACGACUCAUCAUCAUCAGCACGCUCUUGAAGAACCCGGCCUCCGAAUUCCACCUUCUAAUGGCGGCGGCGACGACGGCGACGACUUCUUGCUCAAAAAUCGAGCAACACAAGCUCGCCCCUUGUUCCUUCUCGUUUCUCUGCGCUUGCCCAUGUCGUCCAAUUCCCUCCAAAGCCGUAAUCCUGACUCGGCCUCCCUCCAAACUCAGCCAUCUUGGUCUGGUCCUUGACGGGAGUAGAACCAAAUAUGGGUUUAGGUUGAGAAGAAACGGCGUCGUAUCGGCGAACCGGCGAGUCAUCGCCGCCGUGGCUCGGGCGGAACCUGAGUGGGUCGAUGAGGACAAUGCCCAGCAGGAAGUUGACAAAGGGGAAACAAUAUCAAUGAAGGAGGAUAUUGCGUCAGAGCGCCAACAGAAACCAAGUCAGUUGAAGAAAAGAAUUGUUUUCGGACUUGGCAUAGGAAUUACGGUUGGGGGUGUUGUGCUGGCUGGAGGAUGGGUAUUCACUGUGGCCUUAGCUGCCGCCGUCUUUGUUGGUGCACAGGAGUACUUUGAAUUGGUUAGGAGUCGUGGAAUCGCUGCAGGAAUGACGCCUCCUCCUCAAUAUGUUUCACAAGUUUGCUCUGUUAGCUGUGCUCUCAUGCCCAUACUCACAUUGUAUUUUGGUCAUAUUGAUGUCUCUGUGACAUCUGCUGCCUUUGUCCUUGCUGCGGCACUGCUUUUGCAGAGAGGGAACCCUCGUUUUGCACAGCUUAGUAGUGCUGUGUUUGGGCUAUUUUAUUGUGGAUAUCUUCCUUGUUUCUGGGUCAAGCUUCGAUGUGGUCUAGCAGCUCCUGCUCUAAACACUGCAAUAGGAGCAUCAUGGCCCAUUCUUUUUGGCGGCCAUACUCACUGGACAGUAGGUCUUGUGGCAACAUUACUUUCUUUCAGCAGCAUCAUUGCAGCGGACACUUUCGCUUUUCUGGGAGGCAAGGCAUUUGGAAGAACGCAGCUCACCAGUGUCAGUCCAAAGAAGACAUGGGAGGGAACUAUUGUAGGCUUGGGCGGUUGUAUAGCCACUUCUGUCGUAUUGUCGAGGGUUCUUUGCUGGCCAAAAUCUUUGCUUAGUGCAAUAGCUUUCGGGUUUCUCAAUUUCUUCGGGUCUGUUUUUGGUGAUCUUACUGAAUCAAUGAUCAAACGCGAUGCGGGUGUUAAGGACUCAGGAUCUCUAAUACCAGGACAUGGUGGGAUACUAGAUAGAGUGGACAGUUAUAUGUUUACCGGUGCACUCGCAUACUCUUUUGUCAAAAUCUUCCUCCCACUUUAUGGAGUUUGAUUCAAAUAAUGGUCAAAUGUAAAGGUGGAAUCGCAAAGAAGCUAGAAUAAUGAUCAGCGAGUGAAGUUACAUGGGAAAAGUUUUCUGGGUUCUUCUCAUUUUUGGAUGGUCGGAGCAGUCAAAAUAAACUAGAAUUAUGGAGCUGAAAGAAAUCUUAUUUCUUACAAUUAUCUCAAAGGACGUUGAGAUCUCUUUGGCUAGUGCUAGCAAGAGAAAGCACUUUUUUAGACCCUUCUUUCCAGCUUCUCGCUUGUAGUUCAGGCUCACCAGAGGUCAGAUUGUUCGUAUCUAUACUAGUCUGUAAUAGCUACUGAGACAAGUCCCUAUCAUCAUCUUCUUCUUUUUUAAUCGACUUUUUAUUUAUUUUUUCAUUUAGAAGUCUUGUUCUCAUUGUCAUGUUAUAUUUUGUUCCCAUUUUACGGCUAGGCCUGAUUGUAACGUUGAUUUAUUUAUUAGAAAAAUCUCUGUAAUAAAAGAAUAGUGCUGGUGUUAAAGACCCAUUACAUCAUUCUUUGAAUAAUAAAAGUGAGGAGAGAAAA